CCAAUUUGGUAUGCAUAGUUUGCGGACGCCAUUUUGGAUUUUUACCGCACUGUGCCGAAACAGGGCCUCCCGGAUAAUAGCAAGUUAUUUCACACGUAUGAAUUAAAAUGGGAACGCAGUUCAUAGAUACAACCGGUUUAGCUGAACUGGCACAUAGGGAAUACCAGGCAGGAGAUUAUGAAAGGGCAGAGCAACACUGCAUGCAGUUAUGGAGACAAGAGCCAGAUAAUACAGGGGUGCUGCUCUUGCUGAGUUCUAUACACUUUCAGUGUAGAAGACUGGAUAAGUCAGCAUAUUUUAGCCAGCUUGCCAUUAAACAGAAUCCACUUUUAGCUGAAGCAUAUUCAAAUCUUGGGAAUGUAUAUAAAGAAAGGGGGCAACUCCAAGAAGCUCUAGAAAAUUACAGACAUGCUGUUAGAUUAAAACCUGACUUCAUAGAUGGCUAUAUUAACCUUGCUGCUGCCUUGGUAGCUGCUGGAGACAUGGAACAGGCAGUCCAAGCUUAUGUGACAGCACUGCAGUACAACCCUGACCUGUACUGUGUGCGAAGUGAUUUGGGCAACCUGUUGAAAGCACUGGGGCGACUAGAUGAGGCCAAGGCAUGUUAUCUAAAAGCCAUAGAGACUCAACCCAAUUUUGCCGUAGCUUGGAGUAAUCUGGGAUGUGUGUUUAAUGCACAAGGAGAAAUAUGGCUGGCAAUUCAUCACUUUGAAAAAGCAGUGGCUCUAGACCCAAGUUUCUUAGAUGCGUAUAUCAAUUUAGGCAAUGUCUUAAAAGAAGCUAGGAUCUUUGACAGAGCUGUUGCAGCUUAUCUGCGAGCCCUUAGUCUAAGUCCAAACCAUGCUAUAGUACAUGGGAACUUGGCUUGUGUUUACUAUGAACAGGGAUUGAUAGACUUGGCUAUUGACACAUAUAGAAGAGCAAUUGAGCUGCAGCCAAACUUCCCUGAUGCAUACUGCAAUUUGGCUAAUGCUUUGAAAGAGAAAGUGCAGGUUGCUGAAGCAGAGAAAUGCUACAACACUGCCCUGAAGUUGUGCCCAACCCAUGCAGAUUCAUUAAACAAUCUAGCCAAUAUAAAAAGAGAGCAAGGACACACUGAAGAAGCUGUCAGGCUUUACUUGAAGGCUUUGGAGGUGUUUCCUGAAUUUGCAGCUGCUCACUCCAACCUUGCCAGCAUCUUACAGCAGCAGGGCAAACUCACUGAUGCCCUUAUGCAUUACAAGGAAGCAAUCAGAAUAUCUCCCACAUUUGCUGAUGCCUACUCCAACAUGGGCAACACCCUGAAGGAGAUGCAGGAUAUCCAGGGAGCCUUGCAGUGCUACACCAGAGCCAUACAGAUAAACCCUGCCUUUGCUGAUGCACACAGCAAUCUGGCGUCUAUCCACAAGGACUCUGGGAAUAUCCCUGAAGCCAUUUCAUCCUACAGAACUGCUCUGAAGUUGAAACCAGAUUUUCCAGAUGCUUAUUGUAAUUUGGCUCAUUGCCUUCAGAUUACAUGUGACUGGACAGACUACGAUGCCAGGAUGAAGCGUCUGGUCCAGAUAGUGGAGGAUCAGUUACAAAAGAACAGGCUGCCCUCUGUCCACCCUCACCACAGCAUGCUGUACCCACUGACACAUCAACAGAGGAAAGCCAUUGCUGCAAAACAUGCUAACUUGUGCUUAGAGAAGAUCAAUGUGUUGCACAAGCCCCCCUACCAGCACCCCACUCACAAGUUGGAAGGAGAGAGGCUGAGGAUUGGUUACCUUAGCUCUGACUUCGGCAACCACCCCACCUCUCACCUGAUGCAGAGUAUACCUGGAGAACAUAAGAGGGAAAAUGUGGAGAUCUUCUGCUAUGCCUUGAGCCCUGAUGAUGGCACUACAUUUAGAUCCAAAGUCAUGAGAGAGGCAGAACAUUUCAUAGACUUAUCACAGGUACCUUGUAAUGGUAAAGCAGCUGACCGUAUCCAUGCUGAUGGCAUCCACAUUCUUGUCAAUAUGAACGGCUACACUAAAGGAGCCAGAAAUGAGAUUUUUGCACUGAGACCUGCACCAAUUCAGGUGAUGUGGCUGGGUUAUCCUGGAACAAGUGGCGCCUCCUUUAUGGACUACAUCAUCACAGACAAGAUCACGUCUCCAUACGAACUGAGAGACCAGUACUCUGAGAAGUUAGCAUACAUGCCAGAGACUUUCUUCAUUGGAGACCACAUGAACAUGUUUCCACACAUGAUUGAGCGGGCAAUCCUGGACACCAAGGAUGGCAAGGUGGCCGAUACCAUCUCCAUUGUCAAUGCUACCGAUUUGACACCUGUCCUGGAAACUGCCAGUGAAGUGAAGGAAAUUGUCCAGGUUGCAGCCUCCUGUAAGGAUGACAAAACACCUGCUGAAGUGGUCACCCCUGUAGUGGAACUGACCACUUCCCACCCUGUGGUCAGCAUGGUCCAGACUGGACAGCCACACACUUGCAUCAAUGGGCUGGUACUACAGAAUGGUCUAACCACUCAACAGACUAACAACAAAGCUGCCACGGGUGAGGAGGUCCCUCAAAACCCCAUGCUGACUACACGGAAGCAGUACCACCUGCCUGAUGAGGCUAUAGUCUAUUGCAACUUCAAUCAGCUGUACAAGAUUGAUCCAAGCACCCUGGAGAUGUGGGUUGAAAUCCUGAAGCAGGUGCCCAAUGGAGUUUUGUGGCUGCUGAGGUUCCCUGCUGUAGGGGAGCCAAACCUUGUUCAGACUGCUCAGAAUAUGGGCAUAGCACCAGGCAGAAUCAUCUUCUCUCCUGUUGCUCCAAAAGAGGAGCAUGUACGCCGUGGUCAGCUGGCUGAUGUAUGCUUGGACACGCCCCUCUGCAAUGGACACACCACAGGGAUGGAUGUCCUCUGGGCUGGCACCCCUAUGGUCACCCUGACAGGUGAAACUCUGGCUUCCAGAGUAGCUGCUUCUCAGCUACACUGUUUGGGCUGUCCAGAACUGGUGGCCACUGCUCCAGAGGACUACAUCAGGAUAGCUGUCAAACUAGGCACUGACAGAGACUAUUUAAAAGCUACAAGAGCCAAAGUAUGGAAUAACCGCACUGCACGAUCAUUAUUCAACACCAACAUCUAUGCCUCCAAUAUGGAGAAACUGUUUCACCGGAUGUGGAUGAAAUAUGAAACAGACCAAACUGUUGAUCAUCUGGUGCAACCUUGGGAUUAGCAGUUUACAUGCUUGAAUUAACAUCCUGUCUGUCUUAGGUUGAUAAUUAGUGGAGGCGUAAAAAUGCUUUUGGUCAGUGCGUAACAUUGUAUCCAUUAUGCAUGACAGCUAUACUCCCAUUUUUGAAAUUUAUUUAAACAAGAAUUUUUUUUUUUUGGGGGGGGGGAAGGGGAAUGGAAAAUGAUCCAUUGUUACUAAUGAUCCUUUAGAUAAGACCGUUUAAGUUUUAGUAUAUAUAAAAAAGAAAACAUGCAUUUCUCUGAGGUUAAUUUUAAGAUGGCCAUCUAUAUUGAUAAUAUCAUUCAUAAACAUGAAGUAAUUUAUCCUUAUCAUUCAAGUCAUAGUUUUGUUAUCCUGGGUGUCUGCCUGUGGAGAAUUCUAUGUUCUCUCCCCCAUUUCUGUGUUGCUGAAUUUGUUGACCCACCUGCCUGACAGCAUGUAGGCUCUAGUAUUUCACUGAUCACAUGUUAUAACCAAGAGAAAGUAAUCAGGUAAAAUUAAAUGGUCUAGAUAAUGUAAGCUACAAAGGAGCAAGUCUGUAAUUGAGAUUUUUUUUCUUUUGGGGUAUACAAACCCACUGUGCUGUUUUCUUUUUGAGUCGUGCCAGAUUUCAUGACAUGAAAUGUCUGGUUGGUUGUUUUCCAUGGUAUUUGACUAGUGUGGUGCUUCCUUUUUAUAAUCCUCUAAAUCUAGUUGUUCAAUGAUAAUCAUAUUGGGUGAAUUCUUGGGAGGGUAGUUUUAGUCAUGUACGUGAUGAUAUUACACACCAUUUGUGUGGUUUUUGGUAAUUUGCUCUUCCUAGAUUUAUUCAAGUUAAUGCCCCCUUGGAUUAUUAGGAUUAUUAUAAUAAAUAUGUUAAAAUACCCAUGACUAGCUUGGAGUGCACAGGGCAACUCAAACACUGUUUGAAAAGAAGCAUAACCAAAAUGUUCUGUGUGAAUUAUUACACCAUAUAGCUGGCUUUUGAUAGUUGCUGUAUGUGAAUAUAGUUCGCAGCAUUUAAAAAGGUGUUACUAAUCAAUGUUUAACUAAAUCGGUUUACAAUGACAGCAUGGUUGUUAUCGACAUAUUAAAAGUAAUGGUUUGUAUUUAUUGAUGCCACUUAUUGUUUUAAGCAGCACUAUAAUUGUGGUUGAAGAUAAUAAAAUGUGCUUGUUCAAAGUUAA